AUGGCGUUGGUCCUCCCAGGGGGCGGGCAGUUGAGGCACCAACGAGAUAUACGCCUCAGGGUCGACCACGGCCCUCCGCGCAGGUACUGGCUUGUCUGGGAUCAUAUGCAGCAGGCGCACGAGAUCGGGAACCCUCCUGCAGGGGAGGCGUGGGCCGUGGAGUACGACGAGAAAGGGUGCGCGCACCUCGAGUCGAAACACAUCGAGAUCGCAGAUGCUGUUGGUGAGUGGCUGGAAGUCACGGACCCCCAGAGAUGCGAGUAUUUCCUUGGCAAGCUGCUUGAACUCCUCAUGGAUCUCGACAUGGAGGAGCGCAUCACCGAGGAGGGCAUCGCUGGGACAGUUCUCAAGCUUGUCAAAGAACACCCCGCUUUUACCAACAGGUAUGCGUCUGCUAGUUCGAGCAGGUUCAUGGGCGCCGUGACGCGUGCCAUUGAAGGAGACGCGGUUUUCGCAUUGCGAGGGCUUGGGUUUUCGAUUCUCAAUGCUAUGCGCGGCAACGUGGACCCCAAGAAAUUCCUACUAUUGGAGCAGACGUCUGCCUCAAUCACGGUCCCUGCCGGCGCGGCGCCACUGCCCCCAACGAAACAAGCCAGCAACCAGGUUUCUGAGAUGAGGAAAGCGACGAAGGAUGCCUCCGAGAUCGCGAUGCUCAUGCACGAGAACCCUGACAACAGGUUUAAGCAGCGCAUCAUCGCAAGCAUCGGCGAACGCUACAAGAAAGCAUUUGGAGAUCGCUCCAGGAGGUGCAGAAGUGUCGAGGGCGCGGUGAAAUGGCAAUUGGAAGCUCUGCGAGGCACAUUUUUCAAUCCUAUAUGUGGCACCUUCGACAUUUUUAACCAGCCGUGGGAGUUGGAACACAUUGGGUUGUCCACCACAUUCCGUAACGCCCCUGCCCUGGACUUGGACCACCCCAUGGUCAGGAGGGACUUGGAGAACUUCAGGAAGUUGGACGGUGUGAAGGACGCGUUUAUCAAGAAGGUCGUCCGCCGUUCCACCUUCAGCGGUCUCCCGGGCAAGCAGCUCUCGAAUGUCUGCGAGGAGGCAGGCUUCGAACCUACCCCUCGUCUGCUCGAUUGGGCCAAGCGAAAGCAGUACCGCAUCGUCGGCAGCAGAGUGUGCGAGGACGCUGGGAACCGAGCCCGCCGCGCACAGGAAAAAGCCAAGACCAACGAGUUCAGCGCUUCCAAGGUCUGGGAGACGCUCAUCCGCAAGGAGGUGUUGAGCAAGGUCCACAAGUUUCAGGACCUCUGCACGCGUGGACAGAGGACACCUCGGAACCCAAAGCUCCCCAAGAAGAUGUAUAAGCCUGCGCCGAGGAGCGCCAACAAGAGAAUCAAGCUGUCCCAGAUCAUCUCAUUCUCCAGCACUCCGCCGUGGAAUUCCCCUGGCGUUGCUAAUUCCAAUCAGUGCGUCGCCGAUGCGUACCUCACCGAGUGGGCCAUUGCCAACGACAAGCAGGGGGACAUGAGGUAUUGCUGGAUGUGCGCGAUCGCCGGCAAGGGCCUCUUGCUUCUUCGGCAGGGCGGCGCUGCCAACCCUUGGUUCGCGGUCCUGGGCAAUGAGAGCGACGUCGUCUUGCUCGUCCACCCAGUCGUCGAGGAUGCUGCCCGCGGCGUCUACAAGCUGGCGGUCGACGACGACGCGAAGAAGGUGCACGCCGUGGUCAUCUGCAACCCCGCCGACGUGGAGGCGAUCCCCGUCGCCGUCGACCCUCCGGUGAACGUGUACGCGCGGAACGGGGCCGAUGCAGCUGCCGUCGACAUAGCAACCAUGCGCGCGCCUUUCAAACCAAUCCGCGGCCCUGAGAACCUGUAUCGGGCCGUGGCGCGCGAGGCCUUUUACGACUUCAAGCUGCCCUUCCUGAGGGAAGUCGGGAAGGUUGGCGUGCCAGAGUUCGAUCGGACGUUGAACCUGUUCGAGACGUUGCGGAUCCUCGUGCAGCAUUUCCUGCCCGAGCUGGCCCCGGGUGACCUUUCGGCCACCUUGCAGAAGCGGACCACGGCGAGUUUCUUCAACUUCGAGGAGUUUUACGAGCUUGACGAGUGCGACGACGUCAUCCCGAAGGACGACCAGAAGAAGGCGAGGCAGAAAGUGAAGGAUUACAAGAGCAUGAAACUCGAGACCGACGAGUUCACGGAGCACUGGCUGGAGUAUAACCGCAAGGUGCAUGCUCUACCUGAGCGAGCGGAGCCUGAUGCCUCCAAGCCAGAGACCCCUUUGCACAGGUGCAAGGGGCCGCUCUGGCUGCCGAAAGGCGCUAUCACCCAGCCAGAAGCUUCUCGGAUGUGCCCCCCGAACGCGAGCAUCUGGCGAUGCAACGCGGGAACGGGAGGGUGGCACGUGCACCCGAUGCCGUAUCCUAGAUGGUCCAGGCCGUGGGUUCCGUUCGGCCAUGACAAGGCGUGCCAGUUGGUGUUGCAGUACGCCUGGGUGCUCUGGCUACGGGAUAAUCGUCUCCGCCCGGGUGAUUGCCCGAUCGACGGCCUUUUCACGCUUGGCCAGGAGCGCUUCAAAGAUGUCCUCGACGCUGUGUUCCGCGGGGACAUGGCGGUCGGCAAGAAGACUCCUUGCUCUGGCUCGGGCACCGCUGCCGUCUUCCAGCUCCGGCGCAGCCCGAAGGCUGGGGCGAAGGCCCCUGCGGGGAAGCCGAAGGCGAAGGGGCUGGCCGCGAAGGCGGCCGCGAAGCCGGCCGCGAACGCCUUCGACGCGGCCGCGAAGGCGGCCUUCGACUAA